AUGAUCUCCACACCACCGACUUUCCUUCCUUCUUUGCCCUUGGUCCCGCUCGAGGAGCCGGUCGGGGAUUCAUGCCUGGCAAAAAAUCUUGCCAGGACCAUCGGAUCGGACCCAGCAGACAAGCGAGCCCACUUUGUCGAGGCAACAAUCGAUCGGGCAUGGACCCCUGACGAAAUCAGUGCUCGCGUCGCUCAGGUCGACAUUCUGAUUCUUUCAUGGGCUAUCCACCGCAUGGGCGGUGCUUGCCUCAUGAUGCAGCCUACGAGUUCGGCUGAGGAAAUCGCAGGCCACUUCGAUCGUGUGCCGCCGGUUGCCAUGUUUGCCUCACAAGAGCUACUCCCUCUAGCCCAAGAAGCCGUUCAACUGAGCUCCCUAUCAGAUCUGCCGCUCUACAGGCUGUCCGUGCCUAGAGGAAUGACCAACCUGUCCAGAAUCACGACGCUUGAUGACUUGAUCGAAGUCGCUAAGGAUCUACCUCCGGUGCAGAAGGGUGCUUUGUCUGUCAACGAAGCGAGUCGACGUGUGGCGUACUACUGUACCACGAGCGGCACAUCUGGUUUCCAGCGCAUCAUGGCCAUCACCCACAAAAAGCUCAUCGCCAGCAUCCUGCAGGCAUCAGAGAUCAGAGUUUCUAGAGACCACCAGAGAAGCAGGCUCCGCGAUAGCUCUGGGUUGCCUGCCGUUCAGCCACAUCUGUGGCUUUAA